UAGAGAGAGAGGGUGCAUCGUCAAAGCGCUGGAGGGUCUGAGGCAGUGAAACUGGCUGGCCUACAAUGUCCGCUAGCAUGCGGAGCACCCUGCAAACCGUUCCAGAGUCCGUGCCGGCCGACCACGUCACAAACUCCAAAAAAGGUGCGCAUCAUCUCUGGUUUCUAUCGCCCAGGAACGUGGACUUUAAAAAUCGAUGUUGAAACGCCAUCGAUCGAUCGAUCAUUUUCAUGAAGGACAUCUUUUACUAUCGAGGAAGCCCGAGAGGGAAGAUCGUGUCUUAGGAAAAAGAAGUGGGGAGAAGAGAGAGAGAAGAAAGGGAAAAAAAAGAUAGAGAAGUGGAGAAGACACGUAGAGAAGAUUGCUCUAAAUUUGUGUCCACUCGAAGAAUAUAAACUCGAUUCCUCGAUAAUGGAGGAUCGAGAGAGUCCCUUUGCUAGGACUCAACCUAGUAGAAGCUCGAUAAGACCACCGAGUAUUUUACGAAGGGCUGCCAUACUAACGGUUGGUAAUGUCGGUGGUGUUGGUGGUGGUGUCGGCGGUGGUGGUGGUCACGAAACUGGACGACAGGAACUAACAAGUCCAAAAACAAUGAACAAGAGACUACCUACGACACAUACCACUGCCUUGGACAAUUUGAAACAAUGGGAAUUGGUUGAAGAUGGUAAUAAAGGUCUUCAAGUUGUCGAGAAAAGAAGUUGUUUGAAGGUACCGUGCAGUCCUUCUUAUGGAAAUAGGACUCCGGUCUUUGCUAGAAGGACAAUGCCUGUUGAAAAUGCAAUGAUCGACGUGAAUCUCGAAGAAAAAUUAAAGGCUUUCAAGAACUCAAAGAUCAUUCAACCGAUUCUCGAGCCGUCAUUGAUACCAUUAUCGAGCGAGCAAGUAGUUACUUCGAUCGAUUCGUCCAAAUCACCUGUCAGUCUCGACUUGUUAUUCAAGCAACGACAACAACAACAACAACAACAGGAACAACAGCAAUAUCAACAGCAGCAGCAGCAGCAACAACAACAACAACAACAACAAAAGAAAAAUACUAACGAGGAAAGUACUGACAUGCUUCAACGAUUGGAACAACAGGUCAAAGCGAUCGAAUUGGGUACGAUUGCAGCAGCGAAAACCCGUCAAUUGGAAAACAGUGAGGAAUUUGGGCACGAGGUUGAAUUACGUUACAGGGAACACGAGGAUCUAUUGAAGAAUGUAACAGACGACGAGGCCGAGGGGGCCUCGCCAUUGCAUCGUGGAGACGCUACGAGAAACUCAACCGGAAAUGCAAGCAUCGCACCGAAGAAGCCCUCCUCGGUGAAGCUCUCGAGGACAGCUUCCGAUACUAGACGAGGACAGGAAACGGAAAUUCCCUUGAGAGCUCAGACGAGGGUGCAACCAGUUCGCACCCUCGUACGACCAAUCAUCACGAAAAAAGAUCAUCAACGUCAGCUGCAGCAACAACAGUUACAGCUACAACAACAACAACAACAACAACAACAACAACAACUACUACUACAACAGCAUCAUCAGCAGCAACAGCAACAACAACAGAACAAUAUUGUGAGCAGUACUUUCAGGCCACUCUCUGACGUCAUGCAGAAAGGUGUUCGUAACGAGAAGGAGACAGGGGAUGGCGUUGGAGCAUUGUCGACCAGCGGUGGACGAAUGUCGUCCAGGAGCCGUACCUCCGAGGAACCGCACAUUGGCAAAUAUAAGUUACUCAAAACCAUUGGUAAGGGUAACUUCGCCAAGGUCAAGCUUGCUAAGCAUGUGCCUACGGGGAAGGAGGUGGCCAUCAAGAUUAUCGAUAAAACGCAACUUAAUCCGGGUAGUCUUCAAAAGCUCUUUCGAGAAGUAAGGAUAAUGAAGAUGCUCGACCAUCCGAACAUAGUGAAACUUUUCCAAGUUAUCGAGACUGAAAAGACACUGUACCUGGUAAUGGAGUAUGCUAGCGGUGGCGAGGUAUUCGAUUAUCUCGUUUUACAUGGUCGAAUGAAGGAGAAGGAGGCCCGUGCUAAAUUCAGGCAAAUCGUAUCUGCCGUGCAAUACUGCCAUCAGAAAAAGAUCAUCCAUAGAGACUUAAAGGCCGAGAAUUUGCUUCUUGAUAGCGAGAUGAACAUAAAGAUUGCCGACUUUGGUUUCAGUAAUGAAUUUACGCCUGGUAACAAAUUGGACACCUUCUGUGGUUCGCCACCUUAUGCGGCGCCUGAACUUUUCCAAGGUAAAAAGUAUGACGGACCUGAAGUGGACGUAUGGUCGUUGGGUGUUAUUCUGUAUACAUUAGUAUCUGGCUCACUGCCAUUCGAUGGGUCAACACUGAGGGAGUUAAGGGAAAGGGUGUUAAGAGGAAAGUACCGGAUCCCAUUUUACAUGUCCACCGACUGUGAAAAUCUCCUGAAAAAAUUCUUGGUGCUUAACCCAACGAAGCGGGCCUCAUUAGAGGUACGUGGAGAUAAGAAUAUAAUGAAGGAUAAAUGGAUGAAUAUGGGAUAUGAGGAUGAUGAAUUAAAACCGUACUUAGAACCUGAACCUGAUUAUAAAGACCACAAGAGGAUAGGUGAGUCUGCCAAGGCCUUAGCUAAUAUGGGAUAUACGAGAAGCGAAAUCGAAGACUCAUUAGGUCAAGCUAAAUAUGAUGAUGUAUUCGCGACAUACUUGCUAUUAGGCAGAAAAACAACGGAUCCUGAAAGUGAUGGCUCGCGGUCUGGCAGUUCUUUAUCAUUGCGCACUAUUCCUGCACAAGUUGGUUCGGGCGGAGGAGGAAGUAGUGGAGGAGGUACAGGUGGUGCUGUACAAAGUCCGUCACACAGAAGUGUUCACAGAAGUAUUUCUGCUAGCAAUCCAAAGCCCAGCAGACGGGCCUCGUCUGGUGGCGAAACCCUUCGAGGUGCACCAAGUCCAGGUAAUGCAACGAAUCAUAAUCAUGCUCCUGCUGUAACUGGUGGAACAGUUACCAGUAGUGGUGGUAGCAAUUUCAAACGGCAGAAUACUGUAGAUGCGGCAACGAUCAAGGAGAAUAGUGCUCGUGUUUCUGCCGCUCGACCUUCCGCCCCAAAAAACAGUCCUGGGCAACUCGAUACUAUGACAAUGUUCAUUCUAGGCGUGGGUACAAGUCCCAGUAGUAAAGGAAGGGUGGGCAACAAGAGCAACACAAUGAAUGCAGGAGUAGGUGGUGUUCGGCCACUUACCUCACCUGCUCCUGGUUCUGUUGGUCGACGUAGCACCAUCUCCUAUGACCAAGCAAAAACAUCUUCUUCUACUGAAAGAACCAACGACGUACCCAGUUUUGUGCACAGCCUGGGCGAAGGCACUAGACCAACACGGGGUCACACCAAGUCUGCGAGCAUCAGUGCAGGUCACCGUUCCUCCAGUGGCGUACCUCCCAGCGACCAUUCACUACUGGACCCUCAACCACGCAACGCCCACAACUCCUUACUCGCCACUGCUGACCCUCUUAGGCAGAGCUUGGGUGUACCUCCAAGCAAUAGACUGGCAACACCAACAACACCGGCAUUUCCACGAAAUGUUCCAAGUCGUAGUACGUUCCAUUCUGGACAAAACAGAGCACAACGUACUCAUACUCAGGGUCAUACACAUACACAGGACACAAAUGCGAUUAGCCCCCUAGCAAGGCCGUCCUUUUUCUCCAAGUUGUCUUCAAAAUUCUCCAAACGUAUAUAUUCUAUGAUGCAGGACGUGAACAAAAUAAACUCGGCUUCGUCUGAAGUUUCAACAAGCAAAAAGGCCAUACAGAUACAAGUCCUAAAAAUCAUGUGUAUGCUGAUUGUCUUACAUAAAUUAAUAAAGUAUGUUCGACAUACUUAAAUAAAACAAAUCAUCGACACUCGGAGUGGUCGUAUAACGAAAGUGUGCAUUGAAUCAGUGGAUGAUGGUCGGUGAAAUUCAGUUCUGUUAUUCUGUGGUUCAUCAAAAAUAAAAAGAAAAAAGAAAAAAAAAAAAAAGGAAACAAAAAAUAGAAAGAAAAAAGGACAGAGCUUCUCUUUUAGUGAUACUUUUACAUAUUGAUAAAUAAAAUAUAUGUCAGAUAACGCGCAUGUGCGCGCAUAAGUAGUAUAUAAAUGCGACUAGUUUAUAUACAAUUGAAAGUAUUAAAAAUUAGUCUUCCUGAGAUCAUCAUACAGGAAGUCGCCUUAUGCACUCUUAGGUAUAUAGCACUGAAAUCCGUGCCUUUUCUAAUUCAGCCUGCCAAUCUGCUAUGUGCACUUUACGUCGAUCAUCUAAAAUAGUAAAAAAGAAAAAACAAAGAAAAGAAAGAACAAAAAAAAAACUAUAAUCUUCCUUAUAUUUUUAUACAUUUUUCAUAAUAAACAUUAUAUAUCUUUGCUUUCCUUAAAACAAAAAAAAAACAAAACAAAAAAAAAACAAAAAAAAAAAAAAAAAAAAAAAAAAAAAGAAAAAAAGAAAAAAAAGGUUACGAUUAUUACUCUGUUUAAAACCGCAUGAUGAUUUAGAUGAGUUUCGACGUGGAGUAUUAGUCUUUGAACAGUUUUUAAAAUGUUCUCAUAUUGUAUUCAUUUACAAUUAAAUAAGCAGUAAAUGUAUUUUUCUGCAAUGAACAAGAAACAUCAAAGGUAUAAUCUGUCUAAUCAAAUAUUUAGAAGAAAAACAAAAAAAGAAUAUAACAAAAGAAAGAAAAUUUAAAAAAAUCACAAAAUAAAAAAAAAUUGUGCCUAUAAUUAAAAUAAAAGUAAAAGAAAAGAAAAAGAAAAGAAAAAAUUCUACAUUUAAAAAAUAUUAUUAUAUAUUGUACCUUUAUUUGAUUCGUGAUUUGCAAGAGUAUGAGUUGUGAACUUUUUUCUUUUUUUUUUUUUUUUCUUUUUUUUUUUUUUUUUGAACGAGAACAAAUCUUUCUAAAAAAAAAAAAAGGGGGAGAAAAAAGACAAAAAGAAAAAAAAUGCAUUAAAAUCUUCCAUACCUAUCAUCCGUUGGUGUACAAAGACGUAUCUGUUACGUAUCAUCCUCCGAAAUAUUUCAAAAACCAUAGAUAUGCUUAUUAUUUAAUUUUUCAAACUAUCCAUAAUAUUGUCCACCAUGAACAGCGAAAAUUCAACUUUGGAGAAUGGUGUAUUGAUACUAACACAAAAUAUUAAGGAGACAAUCGUAAAAAUAGAAGAAUACAUAUAAUUGUUCAUACAUUGACAGGAUUCCUAAAUGAAGAGUGAAGUCUCGCCUUGUUUCCCUCGAGCAGAAAUGAGAGCGAGCUACGUGCCGAAUAUCACUCUACAGCAAUACAACCUUUAAUAGCAAAGUAAUCUAGUUGAAUGGCCAAGUGCGACUUCCAAUACUGUGUAUUCUUUUAAUUAAUUUUUUUUUCUUCUUGUUCUUCUUCUUGUUCUUCUUCUUGUUCUUCUUCUUCUUCUUCUUCUGAACAAGCUUUUAGAGUUACAAAUGAAAUAUAGAAUAAUAAUGUACACCUUAUAACAACGUAGCAUAUUUUUGGGGGAAAAUGUGUUGGAUAACAAUAAUAUAUUAAAUGUUAAAAGAAUGUGAUCAUUAUCUUGGAAAAUAGUACUCCCUAUGUUAUAAUUAUUAUUGUUUACAACAUCAUCCAGAAUGAUCCUAAAAGGCAAAAUGCAUAUUACUAUAUUAUAUUAUAUUAUAUUAUUAUAUUAUAUUAAUUAUAUUAUACUAUACUAUAUUAUAUAUUACAUUUAUAAUGAUUGUAAAGUAUUAUAAAACUAAUUUAAUGAGAUAUGAGUCAGUUAUAUUUUUGUUGAUAUCCAACAUAGAUUCUUUCUUUUUGAAAAUGGCGUGGAAUUUGUGUUUGACUUUAUAUCGAUCUUUAUGAUGCAAUAUUGAUUUCAGUCUUUCAUAAAUAUAUAUAUCACACACAUAUACAUAAUGAUAUUUUUUAUAUAUACACAUAUAUAUAUAUAUAUAUAUAUAUAUGUGUGUGUGUUUCUUAUAUCGAUUCUUUUGAUAACUCGAAAAAAUGUUAUAUUAGCAGUGAAGAAAUUUGACGAGAUCCUGAUAUUGAUUUAUUUCUCUAAUUCUUUAUUAAGAACAUAGAUCAAAUAAUUAAAUACGUAUACUUUGUGUGUGUAUACAAAUAAUAUUCUGUGCAUGUGUAAAAUAUUAAAAAUGAGACAUUGUGCAAAGUAUAAUCAACAAUAUUUUUAUUUCUCAAUUAAUUCGUCAAUUGAAUCGCAAUGUUUAAAUUCUAUUAUAAAUAUUUAAAAUUAAAACUUUAUCUUGUAAAUUAUAUCAUAAAAAGAAUCGAUAUAUCAGAUUUUAUUUUCUCUCGGGGGUAUAUUUCUAUAUCAUGUUGAUUUAUUACAAUUUAUUACUAUAUUUUAUAGUUGGUAUUAUAGUCAAAGCAUUUAUACUUUUUUCUGGUAUAGUGCAAGAGGAAUAGGAUUAUGUAAUUGAUUUUUUUUUCACUUUUGACAGAGGUAUGAGAUAUACUGUAAAAUGUAUGUGAAGAAUUCCACUUUAUUUUCUUAUUUUAUUAUGAGUGUAAACAAUCGCACACUCGUAAUAUAAUAAUAGCUUAUAUUUGAAUUAAAAUUUAUCCUCUGGUAGUGUAAUCAAAUAGUAAACUAUUACAAGACAGAUUAUAUUAUAUAUUUAUUGUAUUAUCAAGUAAAUAUUAUUAAAAUGUGUACAGCCCUUUACAACCUGCUGGUAAUGUAAUACUACAGUAUUGAUCUCAAAACAAACUAAUCAAGUUAAAAGAAUGACACUAUUUGAUUAUAUUACCAAUGGUGGUUCAGCAUUUAUUCACACAUCUUAUUUAAUUUAUUGUAUUAAUGAAACAUAAAUUCGAUCCUUAUAUAUCAUUUUGAAUACAGCAUUUUAUGUUAAUAGAAUAUUAAUUUAACACAGAAAGGCCAUGAGUAAUAGUACAUUAUUCAUUUAUUUUAAUGAUUAUUAAUAUAUCCUGAGAUCACACAAUAAUAUAUCUCUCAUUAACUGAAGAAAUAUACAAUACGUAAGCGGAGGAUGUACUCAUAGUAAAUAUUACGUAAAAAAAAAAAAAAGAAAAAAGUAAAAAAGUAAAAAAAAAAAAAAAGAGUCGAUUUUUUUUGUUAAAUAUUUUUUCUUUAGCUAAACAAUAUUUCAUAAUUUAUUCUUGAAAAGAAUACGUUUGAUUUCCCCUAAUAUAUAAUCGCAGAAGUUAAAAAAAAAAAAAACAAAAAAAAACAAAAAAAACUAUAAGAUUGUCAAAAACGUGUGCCUUUUUCCAUUUGAUAUUGUAUAUUUCGCACAUUUGACUGGACGAAGAUUUGGUAUGUUAAUCAUUUCGAUUUUGAAAAGGGAAACUGAAUGAUUAAUAACUUGAUAAUAGAAUAUGAUAAUUCUGCAGUUAAAAUAGCAUUAUUACAAAGUUAUUUAUAUAAAAUCCUACAGAGUGGCCUUGGACUACUACUAGAUAUCAUUUUAAAUAAAACAGAUCGAAAUAGUUUAAAAUACCACUUUAUUGUUUUCUUUUUUUUUUUUUCUAUUUUUUUUUUUUUUUAAUUUUUUUUUCCAGAUGCAUGAUAGUUAAUUAAUUAAUAAUGCUGUAUACACACAAAUUCUUACAUACUUUUACAGCUCGGCAAAAAAAAUUAUUAAAAGAAUCGCGCAUUUGUUUAUCAUUGAUCAUGUAUCCUAUUAAUUCAUAUUGCAUUUGUUUCACUCAAGACUGUGCAAUGAGAGUUUUUUUUUCAUGCUCUGAUACAUUUUAAUAUCUUACAUUUCCACUAUGCAUUUCAUACUGUUAAAGAUAAAAUAUUUACUAUAUUUCCGUUGUGUUUACUUUAUAUAAACAAUAUAAAUUAUUGUAGAAUAUUGUAAAAAAAAAAAAAAACAAAAAGGAGUUAAAAUAUUAUAUUCCUAAGGCCACCCAGUAGACUCUAAUAUGUAUGGCAGUGAAUGAUGAAAGAGAUAUUAAAUCGUUAGAUGCUCCUAUAUAUAUAUAUAUAUAUAUAUAUGUAUAUAUAUAUAUAUGUAUAUAUAUAUAUACAUAUAAAUAUAAAUACAUAUGUAUACAUACAUAUAUAAAUGUAUACCGUGCAUACGUCGUAUAUGUAUGUAUAUAUGCAUAUAAAAGUAUGCAGUGUGUGAAAACAUUUAUAUGAAAGAUAAUAGAGACCUGUAAAGGACCAUGCUGUUUGCUGCACUCCAAUAGUGCACCCGUCCAAGCAUCCAGAGGAUCCUUAUCAUUUUUGGUUAAUUAUAAUCACUCCAUUAUUUAGACAAAAAACAAACAAACAAAAUCUAAUUUAAAAGUACUAGCUUAGAUCUUGUAAAAUGGAGGGCAGUAAAUAGCUUGUAAAACAGGAUAGAAAAAUUAUUUAAUAAUUUUAUAUAUAUAAGAAGAAAUGAUAGUAAUAAUUUCGUAAUAAUAAAUAUGUUUAAACUGUCUUGUA